AUGUCUCGCCUGAUGCUGCUCUGCCCUUCCCUCCUCCGCCACCACACCGUCCUGUUCUUGAAGCUUGGCGGUCGCCUCACCCACUCAGAACGGCCACGCCACCGCGAACUGUCGCCCACGGAAUCGGCGGUUGGAAUUGUGGUGUUUUUUACGACUUUUUUCAUCCCAGCUGCAUAUGUGCUAACCAAUCUGAACUACUUCAGAAGAGAGUAG